UUCUUCUUUUUUCCUUCAAGAUUCGAAAAAAUGCGAUUUUUUAUUUGUAUUCAGAAACUUUAGGCUUUUUGCAAAGUUGGUAAACUAAGUGAAUUCUCAGCAGAAGUUAGUAGUUGUGUGUUGCACCAUCGUAGAGAAAUGGGCAUGUCAAUAUCCAAGUUUGUGAAAAUGCUAUUUGCGAAGAAAGAAAUGAGAAUAUUGAUGGUGGGACUAGAUGCAGCUGGCAAAACAACCAUCUUGUACAAGUUAAAACUUGGGGAAAUUGUCACCACUAUUCCUACAAUUGGAUUUAAUGUGGAGACAGUUGAAUACAAGAAUUCAAGCUUCACAGUAUGGGAUGUGGGUGGACAAGAUAAGAUCCGGCCUCUAUGGAGGCACUAUUUUCAGAACACACAGGGUCUAAUAUUUGUGGUAGAUAGUAAUGAUCGAGAUCGAAUUUCAGAAGCCAGAGAUGAGCUCCAUCGCCUGCUUAACGAGGAAGAAUUACGAGGCGCCACAAUUCUUGUAUUUGCGAAUAAACAAGACCUUCCAAAUGCUAUGAGUGUUGCAGAAAUUACUGAUAAACUUGGCCUGCAUUCACUCCGGCAACGACGCUGGUACAUCCAGAGUGCUUGUGCAACAUCUGGCCAGGGGCUUUAUGAAGGUCUUGAUUGGUUAUCACAUAAUAUCACCGGAAAGGCAUAAAUUCAGAGCUGCAUCCAGCUCAAGAAGUACCUUGUCUUCAAAACCAAACGCCUCUAAUGAAAUCAAUAUGCUACCAUAUAGAAGCUAUGUCUAUACGUAUAUUCUGAUGCAAGGUUUCAUUAUUGUAAACUAUAGUAUUGAAUCCCAUAGUUUCGCUUAACUGUUUUUUUUUUUCUUUUGUGUGUGUGUUAAUUAUGGGGGCAGGGGCAGAUGUAUGAUUGAGCUUUUCGCUCGAAAUUUAUAAAUAUGGUUGAAAAAGUCAUUGGAUGUUCCUGAAAUGAGGAGUAUUGGGUAAAUUUAAUAUAAUAGAUGCCCAUCGGCAUUCCAGCUUUUAUUCUCCUUUCAGGGUUAUCCGAAAGAAAAUCUAGUACUUCUUGGUCGUGAAUAUAUGAGUUCAAUAGUUCUUGCUUAGCAGUUCAUACUGUCCAUACACAGUGUAUUUUGAUCCAAUAUUUCAAAUCUUAUGUGUUUCAGCACUAACAUAUUCUUCCAUGGAAGAAACAAAGAGUUUUUUACAACUUUCCACCCAAAUUUUUUGUUCCACUUAAUCCCUCUUUCAUGACCACAAAUCUUUCCAGCUAAGGAAGAUGUAAUGAUACUCAACAUUUAUUGACUUAAAAAGCUAGACACGCAAGUGGUUGUGGUUUAGCGAAUAAAUUUGAGAACUACUAGCAUAGCUGUACGUAUAAUCAAUAAUGCAUGAAACUUCAUGAAUCAUGGUGUUUCCAUUGACAUUGAUGGGUUGUAUGUUUUAAUUUGUAAUUCAAGAACUCCUACCUGAACCCUUAAACAGCCUUAACCAAAAAAGGCCCAUACAGCCACUUAUUUUUACUUUUGCUUGUUCUUCUUAAAGUGGUGGUUAGACCGACUCUAUUGUACGGGGCGGAGUGUUGGCCAGUCAAGAAAUUUCAUGUUCAGAAGAUGAAAGUCGCGGAAAUGCGAAUGCUGCGGUGGAUGUGUGGGCACACUAGGAUGGACAGAAUUAGGAAUGAAGAUAUCCGAGACAAGGUGGGAGUGGCAUCGGUGGAGGACAAGAUGCGGGAAGCAAGACUGAGAUGGUUUGGGCAUGUGAAGAGGAGAGACACAGAUGCUCCACUGCGGAGGUGCGAGAGGUUGGCUAUGGACGGUUUCAGGAGGGGCAAAGGGAGGCCGAAGAAGUAUUAGGGAGAGGUGAUUAGACAGGAUAUGGCACAGUUGCAGCUCGCCGAGGACAUGACCUUAGAUAGGAGGUUGUGGAGGACCCAGAUUAAGAUAGAAGGCUAGGUGGCUUAUCCUUUCACCAUAGUAGUCGUAGUUUUGCUCAUUUGUUUAUUACCAUUUGAUUUCUGCAUUUGAUUGCUGCUUAUAUCUGUUGGGCCGGUAUACUUUGGUUAUCUUAUUUAUCUAUAGCAGUUAAUGCUCUUUUCUUUC